AUGUAUUUAUUUGGUGACAUUAGUACAUACCUUCUUUAUGUGACCAUAUGUUUUGCAGGAUGUCAGGCAGGCCCAUUAACUCCGCGCGAAGUCGCACCACAUCAAGGAGACGAGGACAUCACGACGCUGUAGAUCUUGCACAUGAUGUUACCCCAAUAAUGAACGCGAGGCAUACUCAAUCUAUUAGUCCACAGGGUUCUGUUCAUGUAGCAGCCGCAUCCUUUAGCCAGAAGCAAAAGGGAAGAGGUCCAAACAAACUGAAAAAGGCUGCAAGAAGACCAUAUGAGAGACCAUUUAUACAAAUUUCGCAUAAAGGAACAUUCUUGGAUGUUGAAGUCCCUAGAUUGAUUACGACCCUAUGGAAAAGGGUUUAUGAUGGUGAUUACUUCACGUAUGAGUUGUUCCCAGAACACAAAAAGGUGCAAGUGUGGGAGUUGUUUAAGACACAUUAUCAAUGGGCUAUAGAGGAUGAGGAUGCGGUCCGAAAGGCGUUCUUAAGAUCAAUGAAGAAAGGAUGGGACGAUAAUAUGAAGGAUGAGUGGGAUAAGUGGCAUACAAAUGGUGAGUAUAGGUCGGUAUGGGUGCUCGAGCACCUAUGGCCUAUAUUAUGCACUUAUUGGGAUUCUGAUGAGUUUCACAUUCUUAGCGAGAGGGGAAGAAAAACCGAGCAUCUGGGGAGCGAGUUUCACACACUACAUGAUCAGAUACGUAUGUCAGUGAGUGCUCUGCUAUUUAUGGCUCGGACUCAGCAUCAUGGCCACCAUGAGACAAUGACCUUUGGGCAGUUGCUGUUGGUGUAUGCCAUAACAAUUUCAUGCCGGGAAUUGGUUCAUAGUGCGUAUGGGAUGCGCCCGCCUAGAGCUACCCCAUCGUUGCCUCACACCAAGCAAGCAUUUCCUCCUGUAGGGACAUCAUUCCCUACUGUUGGGCCAUCGUUUCAUGCUAAUGGGCCAUCAUUUCCUCAUGCAAUGCCAAUGCAACUCCCGAUAGAACCUGCAUUCCCAAUGGGCCAAAUGGGGAAACAGUCAGAAGCUCCAAAUACAUCUUCACCCAAUCCCCCGCAAGAUGAGUUUGGUUAUCAGCCGAGAUUUGAUGCAGAUUACCAGGGUCCUUUUGGGCCCGAAUGAUCAGUGUGCAUGAGGUUGCGAACUCAAAACAUGGCAUGUUCUUGCUACUUGAGGAAAAUACUUUUAUUUUUUGGAUGGACGAUUUGAACUUGUUA